AAUAUUGAUUCGGGUCAAAAUGACCCUAAGGCAACACAAGGGUUAAGUAAGUUUCGUACGGUCCUUUGGAAAGAAUAUAUAUUGUUGUUGUUGUUGUUGUUGUGUUAUAUUCCAGAGCAAAGGGUGGCAGUAACGCUUUUCUUUUAGCAGCUUGUGUUCGAGGCCACGAAGAAGAAGUAGGCUAACCAGUAGCCAGCUAGCGCCACCAGUUGCUGUUGUAAUGUUAGCAAGUCAAGCCGGGGAGGACUGCUUUAGAAAGCCGGUGGUGGGCUGCACAACUGCCGCUAAAGCAUUCGGAUAAGGUAAAUGGAUACAGACAGACUUUUAAGAAGUUUGUGUUGAACAGGUUCAGUUGCUGCCGUCCUUUAGCAUUCAGCAACGACUCUUUCUAGAGGCAGCUAUGCGAGUGUACUAAUGGGUCUUGAGCCUUUUCUAAAAGACACAUGAAGGAAGAACAUGAGAAACCCUGCUCCAUUACACAAGGCAGUGGGGCAAAGGCUAGCUGGAAGCUGGUGCUUCAUCAUGUGGCGGGGGGAGCACAUUUCACCGGCUUUCCAGGCCCCGGUGGACGUCCACGCCAGUGCAGAUGGCCAGGUUUACAUGUUCAAUAGGAGGCCCAAUGAGUCUACUGUAUCUUCAGAUGAUGAGGAACUCGAUAUCAUGGAGAUGAGGCCGUGGGUUUUACCAGAUCAGGAGCAGGGCUGUCUGAGGAACAUCCAGCUGCUGGAGCGUGAGGUACUAGAUGGUGACAACCUCAACAAGCUUGCACUGCGAUAUGGCUGCAAGGUGGCGGAUAUAAAGCGGGUGAACAACCUUAUGCAAGAACAAGAUUUAUUUGCUUUGAAAUCUAUCAAAAUACCUGUUCAGAAACACAGCUUUCUAACAGAGAUGUACACAGACCUAAGCAACCCUCAAGAAGAAAUGCCACAUUCAUCCACCACACUCAUGAAGCCUCAGGACCGAGCCAGAGCCCAACCACACCUGCAGGAGGUCACAGACUUCCUAAUGGAGGUGGACCACAAUAUUGAGAAACUGAUUCAGACCACAAACAAUCAAGAUGAUGAUGAUGAUUUAUUGGAUAACUCGGAGAAACAGCAGAGGUUUGGUUUAACAGGGCAGCAGUUGACCAGUCCAGGUGCAGACUGGGGCAUCCAGUGGUGGAACGCUGUGGUCGCCAUGCUGCUGAUAGGCAUCGUCCUGCCAUUGUUUUACGUGAUUUAUUUCAAGACAAAAGAUAAUGGGGUAGUUAAUGAUAGUGGUGCUUUACAGUUAUACACCACCUCUUCAGACUCAUCGGGGGCGGGCCUUGGUACAAGAGGACCGGAGCAUUUUCAAGAACCAGGAUAGUGCAGAUAAUAAUAAUUGUUAUAACUGUACCGUUUGACGGAAGCAAGUGACAAUCGAGAUAAAGCCGAAUUUUAACAAUGUAUUGUGCAAUACCCUCAUGUGUCAGCAGAUUUUACCUUUUUAUAUUUUGUACUUUCAGAACUGGCAUGUUUGAUGAAGAUACUUUAGUGAUUUUCUUGAACAAAAAUUGCUGCACUGUCCUUAUUUUCUCUUGACAAUUUAGGACGCCAACAUGUUAUCAAACAGCCUUCAAAGCUAACAGCUCCCUGAAAUCUGUGAUCCUUUGGUUUGAGAAACAGUUGUUUGUUGGGAUCACAGUUCCUUCUUCCUUCCCACGGUUGAGAUAUUAAAUGGUUGUGUCUUGAAGUUCCUCGCAUGAGACAAGCUGAGUAAUUUCAAAUAGUGAAUGUAUUUUUCUGAGGAGAAAAAAUAUCUGCUUUGUCGGCAUUUCUGUGCUUUCCACAACUUGCCUUUCCACUGGUGCCUGUUGCCAGUAUCAGUAGAUCAACAAGUGUCAUCAUAUCAGUAUCAUAUAUUAAAGCAAUCUUUAUAGCUGUCCCAAUACAGUAAUAUAUAUUUUAAAUAUUUGCCUGAAAAGGAGAAAAGCAUUUGAAGUGUAACUGUAUUUGACAUGGGUUGAAGCAUUAUUUGUGUGCCUUGUUUGAUUGAACUUAUGUGUUGCCGUGCACCUCAUGCCUUCUCUCUGGCUCGGAUACUGUGCCAAAUGUGUAAAUCGUGUUUACAGUAAGAAGUUGUUUCAAUUCUUUAUCCUGUUUGAUCGUAUGUGCUCAUUUGACACCUUGCAAUCUGUAAUUGUCAAGGUGUUGCAUUUUGAAAAUGACAUGACGUCAUCCAUAAGUUCCCUGAAUUAAGUGUGAGAUUUUUAAAAAGUGCCUUAAACCUUCAUUGUCAGGUAGAUAUACGUUUACGUUGUCCGAUGAAUAAUUCUAUCCACCAUAAGCGAGAGGUGAAUUUACAUGGCUUGACCAAUGCACUUUUUAAGUCUAAGUAUUUUUAUUUUAUGAAACUAAAAAUGUGAAAUUUUUCAACUUUAAAGUCAAUUUGUAAACCAACUUAGAUGGAAAAAGUGUACAUGAUGGAUGUCCAAGAAUGUUUUUAUGUACCAUGUUCCUAUUUAAAUAUAAACUUCCCUGAAGUAUCCUC